AUGAAGCUCACCACCACUACCCUCGCUGUUCUUGCCGCCGUUAUUCCUACAAUUUGGUCGUUGCCAACAGAACUUGCUCUGCGAGAAUACAAGUUACCUACUUGCGGCGCAGAAUCAUGCCUCGUACAAACUGCCGAAGUCUUCGAUGCGUGCGCGCCCAGUGAUCUAGCUUGUUUAUGCACUCUAGAGCAGAGUGAGGUCACCCGCUAUGUGAACACAGUGCAGCCUUGCAUUGACGGCGAUGCGGGCAAAGCGGCAUGCACAGACGGAGCGAGAUACCAGUACAAGGACCUUCUCAAGUCCGUUUGCGCAGAUGAUCGAUUCGGCAACAAGGCCGUUGAAUUUCCCCCGACCGCAUGA